AGUAAGACCAGUUCAGAGGAGAGGUAUCAACUUUAUGGUUUAGUCAGUUAUUAUUGUCUUGGAAAAAUAUUUACUUCUAAAUAUAUUAAAUUAGAAGGUCACAGAGUAGGCAUGCCCUCUAAAGGAGAAGGCCGGUACUCGUCACAUUCCUGCUGCAGCUCAUCCUGUGUCAAAAUCUAUGUGUGCUCCAACCCAGAAGACAGCAUAAUCGAGCGGAGAGCUCUCAGGGAGAAAGUGCUUCCCAGGUAUAGAGAGCACUGUAGGAACUUAUUGGCACUAGAUGUCAGGCUGAUUGAUCCAUUUGAGUCCAGUGAUCCUAAGUGUUGGCCAGAUGCAAACACCAGGCAGCAGCUUAUUGAGGAGUGCAGAAAGAACUCAGCAGGACCCUUUUUACUGGCUCUGGUGGGACACCAGUAUGGAUCAGCCGCUCUGCCCUCCCAGGUGGAGGUGUCAGAGUACCAGCUGCUGCUACAGGCAUGCCAGCAGGUGGGUGUCUGCACCCAACAGCUGGAGAGGGUGUACCAGAGAGACGAGAACGCAGUUCCUCCCUCCUACCGCCAGACAGCUUCUGUGGAAUCCGCCGGCAGCCUUCUGGGAGAAGAGAAUAAGAAGAUGCAGAACAGAGAAGAUUUGAGGAAGGUGUUGCAGAAAGCUGUGAGUCUGUGUGAACAGAACAGACUUAUAACUGCAGAGAGAGCCCAUGCCUUCUACAGAUCAGCUCUGGAUACAGAUCUUCGAUUUGCUCUGGAAAACUGCCCCGUUCAGGACAUCGCCAACAGAUGCAUGAUCUAUGUCCACAAGGUCGUCAAUGCAGACGGAGAGAGGGGAAAAACUCAGAGAAAUUCAGAGCUGCAGCCAGAGUUGAAGCCAGAGCCCUUUGAGCAGAGUGUCCCCACACCUUCUGAGUUAUUAUCACAGCUAUGUGAUGUCUUCCUCCCUGCUCUCCUCUCCUCCCACCAACUUCUCCUCUACUCCACGACCACUGAGUGCGACCGCCGGCACGGCUACACCACAGCCAGGAGACGAGCCUACGCAGACGCUCUGUGCCAGCAGGUUUUCUCUGACCUCAUGGCAAUGACUGACAGCAGCAACGUUUCUCAGCUCAGAGGAAAAGCUUCUGUUAUUGAUGCUCCGUCCAGAGAGUGGGCCCAACAGGAGCAUCUGUGCAGCAUCCUAGCUCAGUUUUAUAGCAUUAUUCAACCAGAGGAGGAAGAGAUAAGAGCUUAUGUAAAACAGAUUGAUCAACAGAACCCACUAGUGGUGACUGGAGGUCCAUGCACUGGGAAGACUGUGUUGGUCGCUCACUGCGCUCAGCAGAUAAAGGCCUGGCUAUCAGGCUGUGAUCCAGUGGUGAUCUGUUAUUUUUGUAGCCUUUCAGUCGACACAUCUCCCUGUUAUCUGCUUUCCAGACUCUGUUAUCAAAUCGUUCACAGAUAUGAGGAGUGUAUCACCGAGCUAGAACCUGAUUCCUACAAAUGCAGCAGCCCAGAUGACUGCAGCUGCUCUCAAAGGCAACAUGUCUGUGAUGGUGACCCUUCUGCUUCUCAAGAACUUCAUUCCAACUUCAUAAAAGUGGGUGUUUCUCUGUUUGAACUUGAAGGACAUCUUGCGUCUCUUCUCACCCAGCUUCCCUCCUCGGAGCAUCCUCUUAUUCUCAUCCUCGAUGGCUUGGAUCAACUGGAAAACAACGUUGGUUCUCAGAUCAUCGGCAGCCUCCCGUCCCAUCUACCUGAUGCCGUCAAACUCAUCAUCACCGUCUCCUCCAAAAGAACAGGUCUCCUGCAGGCCAUCAAAUCACACUACUCCCAACUUGGUGGUCUUCCAUGCUCUGUAUCCGGCAGCAGAGAGGAGGAGGCUGGAUAUGCUUGUAUACAGCUCCAAUCUGUGGACAGAAAACAGUGCAUCAAGCUUUUGGAAUCACUGCUGAACUGUUCAGGGAGAAAGGUUACUUCUGGACAACAAGCACUGGUGAACCAAGCACUGACCUCCUGCCGUCUGCCUCUUUAUGCUCGACUGCUGCAUGCACUCACGUCACUGUGGCACUCUGAUUCAGAUGUGAACGAGUCGUCUCUCCCGGACAGCGUCCAUUCGUCCAUUUUUGCUCUCUUGGAGCACUUGGAACAGAAACACGGCUCAUCCCUGGUGGCCCGUACGGUCUCUUACGUCUCGCUCUCCAGGACCGGACUCAGCGAGUCCGAGCUUGUGGAUCUGCUGUCCCAUGAUCAUCCUGAAUGUGAAGGAAAAAUUUCACAGGUCGAUGUAGAGAGGCUGUUGAUAGAUUUGAAAAACUUCCUCAUCCGACGGUCGAUGGCCGAUUCCCAGGUUCUGUUUUGGGUGAGCCGACAUUUCAAGCUGGUGGGGACCAAAAAGUACCUGAGCACCCAUGAAGCGAGGAAGAAGAUCCAUUCAGAGAUGGUGGACUAUUUCAGUGGGAGACGGGCUGUUGGAAAUGAAAAACCUUUUGUUGUAAAUUGUGCAUCUGAAGCAAAAAAUGAAUCAGAGAGCCAGCCGUUUAUUUUCUCUGUUACUGAAGACGUUUGUUGGGUAAACAUGAGAAAGAUCCUAGAGUUGCCACAUCAUUUGCAACAAAGUGGCUGCUUGGAAGAAAUGGAAGAAGGGUUGUUGAUGGAUUUAGGAUUUCACCAAGCUAUGCUUCGAGCUGGCCUGCUCAGUGAUCUAGUAACCAUGUUGGAGGCUGAUGAAGGCUCUACAAAGUUUUUAAGAGAAAGAUGGCUGGUAGCAAACAUACUGAAGUCCUCUGCUUGCUUCCUUCAUAGCUCACCCCCGCAGCUGCCUACAGUGAUGGAGUCAAGCCUCCUUCCUUACCUUGAUGGAUUUCCUGCCUUUGAGAGAUAUAUCAGAGAGAUCCAACUAGACAGGAGGAAAAAGCGAAAAGGAGUAGGAUUGGUUCUUUCAUCCAGUUCCGGCUCUGUUCUUCCCAUUCGCUGUCUAGGACCAAAUCCUAAAAACAAAACAAUCAGUGUUGCGGAAACUGUGUGUACAGAAUGUGGGGUUGUGGCAGAGAUCAUAGAGGAUGGUUCUGCCUGGAUUUGGAAAGGCUUGACUUGUGAUGUAGUCAAGUUGUCACUUAGCCUGAAGCAGCAGGAGGUGAAGUUUGCAGGAGUCAAAAGUAGCUCUCAAUUUCUACUGCUGUCAACUCAAUGCAAAAAGCUCUUUGUGUGGGAUGUGGAAGAUCCAGAGAGGCUUACAGAGGUGAAGGAAUCACUGAAAACAGAGUCUGAAUCGAAUCAAACUCAGAGUAUGGUUGAAGGAUUUGUGUCAUGUGAGGAAAAGUUAUGCAUGUGGUGGAAAAAGGAGAGGUAUUUCAUCGUGUUUGACAUCUCCAGCAAUACCUCGGCUCUUUUUGAGUGUCAGAGCUCUGUGAUGUGUUUGGUUGCUUCCUUCAAGACUUUCAGCGUUUACUGUGGACAGGCAGACGGAACAGUGUCAAUAUUUGACUUGACCACCGGCAAUCUUCUUGGCUGCUGUUUAAACUCAGCCCACAGGGCAGUUAUACAGGUAAUCCUCUGUGAAGAGGAGCAAGAGAUGGUAUGCGUGGACGAGAACGGGAGCUUAGCCUUAUGGGACAUUGCUGACAAAGAACAACCACUGAUACUUAUCAGAGAAAACUUCGAUCAUUGUAAACCCUCCAGUGUUCUCAACACAGAUUUUUCCAAAGCUGCCAACACUCUGUUGGUGUGUCAAAGUCAGCAGGUGACGUUGUGGAACAUGUGUAACUGGGAGAUGUGUGACCAGUUCUUGGCUCCUCAAGGGAAAUCCUUCACUAAAGCAGUACUUUCCCUGGAUAGACAUCUUUUCCUAGCUUUGCUGGACCAUUACCCACUCAUCUUAGUGUGGAGGGUCAGCACCGGUGAGUGUGUCCUCUCUUUACAAACCAACACACAGCCCCUCACGCUACUCAGAACAGCCUCAGAUAUUAUUUGUGUGAGUCAGAAUGGAUGCUUGACUGUCUGGGAUGCAGAAAUGAUCAAUUCUGCAGGUACAGCAACCAGAAUGAGGAGUGGAGUUAAAGGUGUGGUGGUGGAUCAAACAGGAAAGUCCUUCUACACCACAGAUGGGUUAGAGAAUAUAUGGAAAUGGAGUUUAGAUGCUUCAUUUCCAAAAUAUUCCUUUGUGCAUGAAGGCCCUGUGGAAAAGAUGGAGCUUUCCCCAAACGGCAGCUUCCUUCUCUCCCUCUCAGGGGAGGAGAUUUACAUCUGGCAGACUGAAACGGGUGAGAAUAUUGCCCGGAUCAGUGGCGGUGGGGCUGCAGAUGUACUGAUCACUCCUAAUAGCAAGUUUGGAGUCAGCAUAUCCAAACAUGGCCUAUCCCAUGUUUGGAAACUUCCAUGUGGAGGUAUUGUAUGCAGCAUUCACCAGUAUCUGUCAGAUGCUCAGGUAUCAGCUGAGGGGACGUUUCUGGUUGGCCUCCAUCAUGGAGACCUGCUGGCUGCAAGCCUGUGGUCUGGUUCAAUCAGCAAACGCUUCUCCUGCACGGAGAACUCAGAGUAUGUUGUCACUUUCAACACCCUUUUAGAUCACCCAGACUUUGUGGUUGUGCUGACUGCCUCUGGAGCGGUGUACACCUGGAAGCUGUCAGAGGAGACAGUAUGCCGGCACUUCCAGCUGCCAGAUACCUUUCACUGUCAACCACAAGAUUUCCAAAUGUCACCUAAUGGGAGCUAUGCACUGCUGUCCACUGAUAACAACUCUAUCAACGUCUUAGACCUAUCUCGAGUCAGGCUGUGCUCCUUUAAAGUUGAAGGUCCUGUCAUUAAGGCUUGCUUGGACAAAACGGGGUGCUACAUGGUGUAUGUUUGCAACCCGGGCAGUCAAGAGAAGAGCUGUGCUUGUGACCUGCACUCAAAGCUCGUCCUCACAGUUGUGCGCCUCUCGGACAGGGAAAGAAUAGGAAGAGUAUGUCUUCAUAAAAAUCCAUCGACUAUGACAGUCAGCAAGCAGCAAGGUGUGUUUGUGGGUUUUAUUGAUGGGUCUGUGGGCGUGUUCUCCAUUUUAGAUGCUGAUAAAAGUGUGGAGGAGUUAGUCCUGGACCUGGAGAAUAUAAAAGGGGAACAGACAAAAUGUCCCUUUGACAGAGAACCUUUGAGCUGUUUUUUUCUCCCCAAACCCAAUAUGAGAUGGGCUUGAGCUUUUUACAUCUUCCCAUAUAAUGCAUGCAGAACAGGCAGAGAGAAAUUUUCAGAAUAAUCUGUUUUUGCUUUUAUCUGGUUCUGAAAUUACCUGCCAGUCCUUGGUUUGUGGGCUUCCAUGAUGGUGUGUUUCUCAAAUGGGAAACUACUUCCAGAAGAGACUCAUGACAAUGAGAGAAGGAGAGAGCUUGUGAUUCGAUUCCUUUGUCCCCAAGCACAGUCUUGGGGGCAGGGUCACAUGCCUAUAGGAGUGUCUCUUGUGACAGUGUCUUUAAAUCAGAGAAGGGAAUCAAACAGCAGAGCAAAACUGCAUCCUCCUUCACCAAAAUUUAAGGUUUAAUAUAAUUAAUGGCUCAAGAUAAUACCUCCACCCCUGUCAGGGCCGUAACUCCAAUUGACAACACCAAGGUCAUGUCCUGAGUAUUUUAUUAACCUAUUUAUUGCUUAAAUUCUGAAAUCUUUGUCUCCCACUAAACUGUGAGAUGUUUUAAAUUUGAAGAGCCAAAAGUAGCGCGACUAUGGCAUUGUCAACAUGCACUUAUGUCACUAUGGUAACUUCCACAUACAAGCUACCGCCUAGUGAGUCUAUCAGUCUCUCGAUGAGGAGCACACUGAGUUAUUAAUGCAGGCGGAGAACAGUUUAAGUUGUUGAUGAUGGUGAGAAAAAACUGGAUAGAUUUCAGCCCGGCGAGCUACUCGGACAGCAUGGAAACAUCGAACCAAAGUUGAUUAAAUGCUUUAGGGCAAUUUCCCCCAUUUGAACCGACUUUCAAUAUGUGAUUAAUAUGUUAGCAACAUCUUCAGCUGAAAACGAAACCUUUAUUCAGUUUUGCUUUCUGCCGGAUGCUUGAGCUCAACUCAGCAGGAUGAAACGGAGCAGAUCGGGCGGGACAGGAAGUGGUGUGCAAAAUAAAAGUAAAUUAUCCGUUUUAUUUUCAAAACAAUAAUAAUACUUUUCUAUGGUAUCUUGCCCUUGUUUCAAGACUCACCAUUGUACUUUACAAUGUAAAAAUUUUUAUAUACAACUGCUCUAAUGUUGUAGAUUAAUCUUAUAUAUAGACUACUUGUUUAAAUAUACAUUCUUAUCUAGUUUGGUUGAUAUUUAUACAUAACAGCUGUUUUUUACUCUUUUAUAUUUUGACAUUGGGCUCCUCUGGAACCAGGGAAACUAAUUUAGUUUAAUUUAAUAUUUAAGGGUUGAAAUGAGAAAUAAAACUCGUUGAAAAUUUGAAAUGCAUGUUGCUUUCAUUUCAUCAGUUUAGCUUUUGACAGUGUUGAUGUACUUCACUAAAUGGAAAAUAAGAUAGGGAGGGAAAGGCUGAGUCAACGCGAGUUCCUCUUUGAACCAAGCAGAAAGAGGAGCAGUGAGGAGAGAGAUGGAGGGAGAGCAGGUGAUAGAAAAGGAAGAUACUGCACCUGAGCUGUUUCAAACGUUGGAUGUUUAAUGGAUUAUAAUUGAAGUGUUCUGUAAUAUUAUCCUAAUAAUAUGUUAUAUUAGGCACCAUCAUCAAAAUUAUAGUCUAAAAGGAUCUGGAUGUCUAUUUUAAAUACUCAAGGAAAUAUGAAGGAGCUCAUUUAAAUUAUACUGUUAUAUCUUUUGUGACCCAUUUCUAACCAGUUGUAGAAGCUUCAAAAGAGAGAUGACAUAAAAAUAGAGUUUAUAAUGUCAGAAAUGUCUGGCAGGGGAGACAGGGGAGGAAAAACGCUCUUCUUAAGUCUGUGAAUAUGGCCAGAUCUCUGGGGCGACUGCCGCUGAACCCGCCUAGAAAUUUUGACUCUUCACCUCUGUAUUUUUUUGGCCCUGCGUACGGCCCUGACCUCUGUACUUAACAGUUGCCUUUCCCAGAAGUCAACCUUUUUUUUCUUCUACCUGCAGAUUAAAUACCGUCCACAGACUGCAGAAGAUGACCCUAAGAUAUGACCCUUUGUAACCCAUAAUACGGCUUUUUAUGUCGCAUUUGAAGCGGUUGCCUCCCUGCAAGUGUA